CGUCGGUUGUCCUCGGCUGUAUCUUCUGUUGGAGCUGGCUUCUUGAUUUGGGAGUGAUGAAUCCAAUGUUGUUUUCCAGUGACUUUUACAGCAGUAGAAGUGGUCAGGAUGGCUGGAAAGGGUCUGUGCCCGCAAGGUUCCAAGGUGAAUAGAUAAUGGCUCAGCUGGAAUAGAUAAAGCCAUGAAUUCUGUGUCCUGAAAUGCCCUGUGGAACCUGCUGCCAAUCUCUGAACUUGGAAACUGACUCAACUGACCUUUGCCCCUGGGGCAGAGAUCUGUCCCAUGGUCCCAAUCUAGGUCUUCACAGGGAGAGACAUUCGGAGCCCUCAUUCUCUGAAGUGGACAACCUCGCCUCCUGCCACACACCUGGUCAGGACUCCGGAGACCCCAACCCACUCAGGCACACCAUGGGGGACAAGAAGGGUCAGGACAUAGAAGCAUGGAGGCAAGUAUUCCAGACGUUAAUUCAGGAGGUGAAACCAUGGCACAAAUGGACCCUCACAGCAGACAAGGGCCUUCUUCCCAACGUCCUGCAGCCGGGCUGGAUGCAAUACCAGCUGUGGACUUUCGCCAGGUUCCAGUGUUCUUCCUGCUCUCGCAGUUGGGCCUCUGCCCAUGUCCAGGUCCUUUUCCACAUGCACUGGAGUGAGAAGAAGCACAGGGGCCAGGUGAAGAUGAGGGUCUUUGCCCAGAGAUGUAAGAAGUGUCCCCAGCCUCCAUUUGAGGUCCCUGAGUUCACACAGGAGAACAUCUCAAGGGUCCUGAAUAACCUGGUGAUCCGAAUUCUGAAGAAAUGCUACAGAGAAGGAUUUAAGAUUGUAGAGGAGAUUCCUGCGAUCAAGGAUAUCUGUCUUCAAGGGCCACAUGACAGUAAAAACUGUGAGGCAUGUCUGCAGGGAUCCUGUGCUCAGAGUGGGUUGGGCCUGGCCAAGGAGUCACCAGUGCCCACACCCUCCAAGGAUGCUGGGGAACCCAGGCUAACUGCUACUGGUACCAAUCUCCCCUGCUUACAAUCAGCCUCUAGAGUGGACAAGAUCCUUACACCAGCAGUGAGCCUCAAAGUCUCUAACCCUCCCAAGGCUGACCCCAAGGUCAUACACAGCUCAGAACCACCAACUGCUCCAAGAAUUGUAAUCCCACAGGUGCCACCCAUGUCAACAGUGAGCCCCCAAAUCUCUAACCCUCCCAAGGCUGACCCCAAGGUCAGACACAGCUCAGAACCACCAACUGCUCCAAGAUUUCUAACCCCACAGGUGUCACCCAGGUCCACAGUGAAUCCCAAAGUCCCUGACUCUCCCAAGGCUGACCCCAAUGUCAGACACAGCUCAAAACCACCAACUGCUCCAAGAUUUCCAACCCAGCAGGUGCCACCAAGAAGCUCACUUCCCCCUAUGCGGGCCACUCGAAUGCCUUCUCCCACAAACAAUACAGCAACAGAUGCAGCAGCCAGGGUCACCAGACCAAAGACAGGAAAUCCAUUACCCUCCUCCUCCUUGCUUGCUAUGCCCACAAGCACUACAAACCUCCCCACUUCUUGGAGCCCAGAAGCAAACACCACUUGCCAGAUGGAGAGUAGAAUCCAGAUCUACCCUGAAAGUGGGCAUUUCUAUUCCAGCAGGGGGCAUUUCUAUUCCAGCCCAUUCCAGAAUUGCGUACCAGGGCGCUUAAGCACUUCUUGCUGUUGUCUCCUUCUAAUCAUUGUUGUCGUUGUCACAAUGAUUAUGGUAAAAAAUACUUUCUGAGCAGGAUGUAUUAAUUGCCUAUUGCUGUUCUAACAAAUAACAACAAAUUUGUUGGCUUAAAAUAAAAAGGUCUUAUAUUACAAU